AUGAAGGAUGCAAAAGUUAAAAUCAGUUGUGUUUUCCCUGCAGAUAUCAAGAUGAGUGGGGAUGUAGCAGAUUCCACGGAUGCUCGAAGUGCCCUCAGCCAGGUGGAGACAGGAAAUGAUCGAAAUGGCCUAGAUUUCAACAGGCAGAUUAAAACUGAGGACCUCAGUGACUCCUUGCAGCAGACCCUCUCGCAUCGGCCAUGUCACCUGAGUCAAGGACCUGCCAUGAUGUCUGGAAACCAAAUGUCUGGGGACAUGACCUCCCUCCAUCCGCUCCAGCAGCUCGUGCUGGUUCCUGGCCACCUCCAGUCCGUAUCCCAGUUCCUGCUAUCCCAGACCCAAUCUGGGCAACAAGGUCUGCAGCCGAAUCUUCUCCCCUUUCCGCAGCAACAGAGCUCUCUCCUCCUCCCGCAGACCGGGCCUGGCCUGGCGUCCCAGGCAAUUGGGCGCCCCGGGCUGCCGGGAUCUUCUUUAGACCCCCAUCUGGAAGCGUCCCCACAUCUCCCAGCGCCGAAGCAUCUACCCAGCUCUGGAGGGGCUGAUGAGCCCAGUGACCUGGAAGAGCUAGAGAAGUUUGCCAAGACCUUCAAGCAGAGGCGCAUUAAGCUGGGUUUCACACAGGGAGAUGUGGGGCUGGCGAUGGGAAAACUGUACGGUAAUGACUUCAGCCAGACCACCAUCUCGCGAUUUGAGGCCCUCAAUCUGAGCUUCAAGAACAUGUGCAAGCUCAAGCCACUGCUGGAGAAAUGGCUGCACGAUGCAGAAACCUCUCCAUCGGACCCCUCGGGGAGCACCCCCACCUCUUUCCCCACCCUCAGUGAAGUGUUUGGUAGGAAGAGGAAGAAACGGACCAGCAUCGAGACCAAUAUCCGCCUGACUCUGGAGAAGAGAUUUCAAGAUAACCCCAAACCCAGCUCAGAAGAGAUCUCCAUGAUUGCAGAGCAGUUGUCCAUGGAGAAGGAGGUGGUGAGAGUCUGGUUCUGCAAUCGACGUCAGAAGGAGAAGCGAAUCAACUGCCCCGUGACCACACCCAUCAAAUCUCCCAUCUACAACUCCCGCUUGGUCUCUCCCUCUGGGUCUCUGGGCCCCCUCUCUGUCCCUCCUGUCCACAGCACCAUGCCUGGAACAGGAACGUCAUCCUGUUCCCCUGGGAACAACAGCGGGCCUUCGUCUCCCGGCUCCGGACUCCACGCCAACAGCCCCACUGCAUCUCAAAAUAACUCCAAAGCGGCAAUGGGCGCCUCCGGUUUUAACUCUUCGGGAUCUUGGUACCGAUGGAAUCAUCCCACCUACCUCCACUGA